CCAACACGAGCAAGCCUCACCCGCGCAACCACCAACGCGCAUCCCCAACUCACACUUUAUACGUUUACCCCACAUGGCUUCCUCCAAUCUCGCGCCGCAUUCCCUACGAUGAAAGAUCGCGAUCCUGAAAUCCCAUUGUACACCGGCAUACCAUGCCCCGCCUUCCGCUGCGCCUCUUCCGCCUACCCACAACGCGAGCGAAGCGCCGACGACGCAUGUACACCAUGUUCUUCCUCGUGUUUGUGAUGGUAGCUUUUGUGCUGCCUUUUUACGUCAUCUAUAAGCCGCCGAAUGUGUUGAUACGGUAUUUUCAACGGAGGUGGCCGGAUGUGCUGUGGCACGUGCCUAUACCCAGUACAUCACCAGGAGCAGAGAAAGUUAUUGCUUUGACUAUCGACGAUGCGCCGUCGGAGUACACGCGCGAGAUCCUGCAAGUCCUAGAAGAAAACGAGGCGCAUGCUACGUUCUUCGUAAUCGGAGGCCAGGUCUCAGGAAGACAAGAAGCGCUCCAGGCUCUCGUGAAAAGCGGCAUGGAACUAGGAAACCACGCCAUGCACGACGAGCCAUCUCGUUCUCUCAGCCCCUCAACCCUCAGCGCAGAAGUAACCCAAGUAGAAGGCUACAUCAACGGCACUUACGACGCAGUAGGCAAACCGCAUCCGCCGCGCUACUUCCGUCCUGGCUCUGGGUUCUUCAGCACGAAGAUGAGGGCGCAGAUUAGGGACAUGGGGUACCAGAUGGUGCUGGGUAGUGUGUAUCCUCAUGAUCCGCAGAUUGCGCAUCCGGCAGUUAAUGCGAGGCAUGUGCUUAGUAUGGUGAGGGAGGGCAGUAUUGUUAUUUGUCAUGAUCGGAGGGGGUGGACGGCGCCGAUGUUGAGGAAGGUGUUGCCUGUGUUGAAGAGGAGGGGGUAUAGGAUUACGACUGUGUCGGGGUUGUUGGAAGCGGCGGGGAGGGGGUGAGAUGAGAAAGCGCAACGAGGUUGCGGUAUUAGGAAUAGCUGCGGCAGAGUAUGAGCGGUCGACAUUGAGGAGCUGGCGAUCGUAUGGAGCUUGUAUUCAUGCUUCGAAACGCUGGUAAUGCAGCAUCGCGGUCGCAUUUGGAGUUCCUCUCAGGGAAGGGGUCCCGGCCGAUGGCAUGUCUACUCCACGCCAGACCACAGUGCGAGCUACCACAAAACAUCGCUCUUCUCAGUGUCACGAGCAGGAUCAACUCCGAAGACCUCAUCAGCAGCUGUCCAUACUCCAGGAGAACACUUAGAUAUCGCAACACCGGCACAGCAGAUACUGUGUUAAAAGAAUCGGUAGUCACACAGGUAGCGAGUCGAUAGAAGCAAUACAGCAUCCCUAAAUAAUGACCACUAUCUACAAAAGCGUUGCUGUAUCUCAAUAUUCUUGUAUUGACCAGGAGUUUUGCGC